AUGGCACACAUAUUCCUUUAUGGUCCGUCUGAUUUGCCAGUGCAGUUUGAAACCACAGGCAAGCCCAGCGCCUUCCUCCAAGACCUGGCCUGUCUAGUGGACUGGGAGCAAUACAAUCUGCAAGGGAUUCAGUGUGCAGACCCACAGCUGCUGGAAGGUGCAGCCUGUCCUGAUGUGAGCUACACCCUGAGCUGUGAAGAGGACAGGGCUGUGCAGCAGACUCUCUGCCUGUUCCUGUUCAUCGAGCACAGGGACACUUUCCACUCCCAGCUCCCUGAUCUCAUAGGGAAUCACAACUUGGUUGUGGAGCACUUGGACCAGGUUCUGCGCUCGAGUGCAGAGAUCGUGAGGACAGCCCUUCACUCCCUGCUCCACUCAGCCUUGGGGGAGCUUCAGAAAAGACACAAGGACAAGAACAAGAUGAGGAGUGCACUCCGUGUGAUUCGAGACUCUGUUUCCAGUAUUGUAGCGAGCAGCACCAACCAAGACUUCAGAGCAGCCUGUUUCAGCAGCAUGCAGGUCCAUGACACUCCGGAGCUGGUGGCUUCCGUUCACAGAUCCCUGCUGGAGGCCGCUGAGAACCGCUGCCUGCCCAGCAAGACGUGUGUCAACAGGAAGAGUUUGACAGCUCCUGCGAUAGUUCCUCCAGAACCCAGUCAAGGAAAACUGUCAGAGACAGAGGAUGACAUACUGGAGGACAUGUGUGCUGCUUUCUCAGAUCACAGUGAAGAAGAAGCCUCUGCUGCAGACCCGGUGAGCCCUGGCACUGUGAAGAGGCGAUGGGAACCUGCAGCAGAGGAUGAGCAGCCAGCUCAGUGUAAAGAGAGGAGGACAGCCCUGUACCCUCUGCACCAUUCCCCAGGCCGGCAGUGCCUCUGCCCUGCAGAGCCAGGCAUCUCUGUGAGCAGGGCUACACGGGCACAAGCCAGCCAGUACGAAGGCAAAGAAAACCAGAUCCAGCCGUCCCAGGAGGAGAUGCUGUGGCUCCAGGAGGUCUCCAAUCUUUCUGAAUGGAACUAGAAUGAGCCCCUGCAGUGGAGCUCGCUGUUCAUAGGGAGUGUGACUGAGCACAGCAUUCACACCUAGAGAGAUCUGCAGCAACACUGGCAGUCUUGGCUCCAGUGCCACAUUUCCACUGCCUACUGUGUUACAUUUGAAAGCUCAAACCUCUUGCCAAGCAUCAUUCUCCGGGGGACAACGAAGGGCCAUAUUUUCAAAGCGUUUCUGCAAAUCUUUCAUUAACUCCCAUU